AUGGGCUGCACUUCCAGCACCAGCAGCGACGCCGACGGCGCCACGGACCUCUCGAAGCCGGCGCUCUCACGUCAGACGCUCGGCAACGCCAGCCUUGGCGACGCAGCCGACGCUCUCACGUCUGCGUUCGUGAAGCAGCACUGGGACGCAUCGGACCUGGAGGCCAAGUACGACCUGAGUGGGAGCAGGCAGCUCGGCAAGGGUGCGUUUGGCGUGGUCCGCACCUGCAAGCGCCUCGGAGGCGGAGGCGGCGAGUACGCGCUCAAGACCAUUUCGCUCGACUUCGCGUCGGCGUCCGCUCUGAAGGAGCUAAAGAAUGAGAUCGACAUCCAGCGCGCUUUUGACCAUCCCCACAUCGCGCGGAUCGUCGAGACCUUCUACGCCAAGCCGACAGGCCCGACUGAAG